AUGUUUAAACUAAUUGUGUACAGUUUAUUGUUCAUACAAUUUUCUUACGGUGCUAAAGGAGCCUUAGAGUUAAUUCAAGAUGACGAAUUAAUGAAUUUAAUUAGAACCGAAAAAUAUGUUGUGUGUCUAUUUACUCUAAACCACUGUGAAGAAUGCGAUAAAUACGAAAACGAGUUAGUUAGUUUGCGAGAAGAUCUUGUGGAAACAUUAAACGCAUGGGUCGUAAAAGUUGUAAACAGCCAGAUGACAAGGCUAUACAGCCCCAAUAAGGAGCCUGCAUUAGUGUUCUUCAGAAAUGGUGUUCCAUUAUUGUAUGAUGGUCCUUUGAAUGAUGAAAUGAUUAUGCAUACAUUUUCAAGCAACAAGGAUCCACUGACCAAGGAAUUGACUGAUGAUAACUUUGAGCAUUUAACUCAGGCCGCAACAGGGGCUACAACAGGUGAUUGGUUUGUUUUAUUCUACACCUCUGAGUGUGUGGAUUGUCAGAGGUUGCAGGCAAGAUGGGAGGCUGUUGGGGCUCAAUUAAAAUUACGUUUAAAUGUGGCCAGAGUGAACAGAGGCACAACUGGGGCAGCUACAGCCAGAAGAUUUGAAGUUUUUAAUGUGCCAGCAUUUAUUUUGUUCAGACAAGGAAAGAUGUACCGUUAUCAGAUACAAAAAUAUGAUGUUCAAUCUUUUGUUAGCUUUGCUAGAGAGUUUUACAAGAAUGUCAAGCCUGAGAGGGUACCUUUGCCAAAGUCGCCGUUUGAUGACUUGAUAGCUUUAAUUGUGGAUUAUUUGAGGCAAAACCAAUGGUUGUGGAUGGUUGGACUGGGGACAUUUGUUUCUGGAUUGAUGGCUUCAGUUAUUUUACGUUUUGCUCCCAAGAAAAAAGACAAGAAGACUGAAUCUAAGAAAAAUGAUACAGAAAAAAGAAAAACUAAAUAG